ACCAAGACCCGUCCGUUGCCCAGCGGCGAGGCGAAGAGGGCGGGUGAAGUGGCGGCAACAUGCACCGGGCCCCCGCCUCGUCAGCACCCCUGGCGAGCCCCGACUACUACGAGAGGGUGGGCCAUCUUCAGCAUGGGCUACGGGACAGUGAAAAGAAGAGGUUGGACCUGGAAAAGAAACUUUGUGAAUAUAAUCAGUCUGAUAUAUGCAGGGUUAAGCUGAAAUAUGUAAAACUGAAGAAAUACCUGAAGGAAAUAUGUGAAUCUGAAAAGAAGGCUCGUACUCGAAACCAAGAAUAUUUAAAACGAUUUGAGUGUGCUAAAGCUCAUGUUGGACACUUUACCACAAAUAUAGAGAAGCUUCAAGAACUGAAGAUUGAAUAUGAGUCUCAACUUAAGAAGAUGCAGCUACUCUCAAAAGAUAGACUGGGAAUAAAGGGUGAACUGAAAAAUGAAGAGAGACAGAAGGUUGCAGUGCAAGCAAGAAUUAACUUGGGGACAACUGUGUCAAAAGGAUUGUAUCAACCAGCAACAAUGUUUAUGGGCCGCCAAAUGUCAGCCGUCUCAAGCCUUGGAGCUUUCAGUAUAGAGCAGAAAUCUCCCCAACCCACAAAGAACUUUUCAAUUCCUGACCCACAUUCACACCAACAGACAGCCCAGAGAAGCAAUGUGACAGACAGCUGUGUAGUACAAACUAAUAGUGACACAGAGUGCUUAAAUAAGUCUGACAGAAUAGAUGGAAAGACAUCUCUUCAGAUUGGUGAGAAAACGCCAGUCACAGCCAGUGUAUUGUCUGAGGAGGAACAAACUCAUUGCUUGGAGAUAGGAAGCAACAUACAUCAUAGCAAGAGUAAUUUAUCAGAAGGCAAAAAGUCUGCUGAACUUCAUUCCUCGUUACAGAAAAGAUUAAGUCCAGAGAACAGGACCACUGAUUUAAAGUGUGACAGUUCCAGCAGAUCAGAGGGAUCAGAGGGAGAAAUACUGACACGAGAACAUAUUGAAGUUGAGGAAGAAAGAGCCAGCCCGCCUGUCUCUGCGAUAUCAGUUUCAGAACACUGUGCAUCUGAAAAUAAGUGGUCUCAAGAGAAGCAUUCUGCUUGGGAAGGUUUCUCAGAUCAUCUUGCCCAUGGGGACCCACAGUUACAAAAAAUGCAGGAAGAACAGGAGAAGGAAAGUUUAUGCAGUAGCAAUGACCUCACAGUCUCUAUAAGUGAAGAUGAUCUGAUUUUAAAGAGUCCAGAACCACAACCAAAUCCAAGUGACAAGACAGAGGGAGAAAAUGGAACAGAGACCUUAAAAUUAAUCCACCCUGAGCAAGAAAGAGAUGCCCUCUCCACUGAACAAAAUAAUCGUGUUUGGCAAACCCUAAGCUUUCCUGAUUCAGAAGAGGAAUUCUCUGCUAACUCACCAAGACAAUCUAAACAAGUCCCAGACUUACUGGGGGCGCAUUUGGGUCAGUGUAUUACCACCUUGAAAGAACAUAAUCCUCUGAAAGAAGAGGCAACAGCAUUAUUGAAAAAAGCCCUUACAGAAGAGUGUGGUGAUAGGUCAGCUAUUCAUAGUAAUGAAUCAUCUUGCAGCUUGCCAUCUAUUCUGAAUGACAAUAGUGGAAUAAAGGAAGCAAAACCGGCUCUAUGGCUCAACAGUGUUUGUACAAGGGAACAAGAAGCUUCAAGUGGCAGCAAAGACGAAAGUAAGGAGGAAAGCCUGGCUGCAAAGGUCCCAAUCACAGAAACAAAAGCCUACAAGUUGCUGAAGAAGUCUACCCUUCAGGAUAAUACAAACCAAAUUGAAGACAGAUUUCCAAAGGCACAUGCUUCUACAUCACAAUUUUCAGGUUUGAAUAUUGGCAGCAGUACACUCAAGACAAAGACAACUCACAAAAUCCCUUCGGAAGCUAGUUUUUCAUCUAGCGAAGGAAGUCCUUUGUCAAGGCAUGAAAACAAAAAGAAAAUUAUGACCAAUAUAAAGUCAAAUGCCUUCUGGGGAGAGUCUGAUGACAGUAACUCAGAAAUUGAAGCUGCUUUGCGUCCUAGAAACUAUAACACAUCCGCUGAUGAUUUUGAUGAUUUUUACGACUAGUAAGCUGUAACAUCUGUUGGAAAUAAAGACUUUAAAUAAACUGAAACCCUUUGUUUA